AUGUGUGUAGGUGGCAGUGUUCAAAAAUGGGCGGGGGCUCUAAUGCAUUUGGUGAGCUAAGGAGAAGUAAAAUGUGUGGCGUAUACCAGAGCGCUUGAUGGAAGGUUUGAAGGUGCUGUAUGGUUCAUUUCCAGUAGUCUCUUUCCGAUACUCACAAGCUCGAUGUUGCAGUUAUUAAAGGAUGAAACCCUUAAUCGACCAGCCUCAGUGCAGAAGCCGGUAGUAGACGAGAAGCUUCAAGCGUCUCCUGCAACGAAGCCCUCAGAAAGUAGUAAACAGGAGCUGAAAGUCAAAAGGAGCGUCAUAGAUGUGAGAGAGUGUCAAACCCAGGUCACUGAAAGGGAAACUCCAAAGACAAGUCCAAGCCCUCGUCGUUCAACCCGCAUGAGACGUGAAGAGACCAGUAGGAAGAAGAUGACCACGACUCAGGGCUGUAAUGCCACUAUAAAUACUGUAAAUAUCAAGAAACAAACAGCUACAGUAGCUGUGGCUCCAGGAGUGACUAUCCAGACUGUCAAAGAAAAAGAAAUCAAAGGUGUUGAUGAAUUUACAGCAAAAGAAGUUGCUACGCAAGUCGACGACGAUAUUAUGACGCUCACGAAGAUCGAUGACGAACCAUCUGUCGUGCAACGGCAGCCGAACCAAUACGAAAAGCUUGCAGGCGAAAAGCACAUGGUUGUUGACCCGAUCCUGGUAAUGAAGCGAGGAAACAUCGACAAUAUGUAUAUGGUCAGAAUUUGCAAAAAUUCGGGCGGCCUUAUGGUUGGUGGUCGAGGGGGAGGGGCUUACAGUCACAUAUAUGACAUUUGUCACUUCUAUUCUCUGAAUAAACAGAAAUGA